UUGCCGAGCGUUUGAAGGGAUUUAUUUACAUGCUGUAAAUGUAAAGUUUAAUUUUUAAAAUUCCGUCGUCGACCCAUAUUGGUCUAUAAAACAGCUAUGGACGAUAAAGAUCUGGAAAUCAGCUUACGUUAGCAAGCUGGUUAUCUUUCAGUCAGUUAGCUACAAUUGUCAGAAGUUGGCUAGUCCCAAGCUAGCUUACUACGUAGCUGACGUUUAGUACAGUGAGGGCAGGCUGCUGUUUAUUGUGAGCGUCUGAUCCACAUCUACAAAAACACCACGUCUGCCGAGCUGCUAUACCACCGUGUUGACUUCCCCUGGUUUUGGACACGAAGAGUCGGUUUGAGACACACCGGACCAUGGAUCCAUUUGACAGUAACAGUACAGAUCGAGCCAACCUGCCACGGAACAUGAUUGAGAACAGCAUGUUUGAAGAAGAGCCUGAUGUUGUGGAUUUGGCCAAAGACUCCACAGUAUUUCCGACGUUUCCGGCCCUUGACCCGGAUGAGGUGGUUUAUGAGCCUCGCAGCUCACGGCUGCUGGUGCGUGGCCUGGGAGAGAAUGACAUGGACGACGAUGAGGAGGACUGUGAGUCUUCAGCCCGUCUGCUGGGCAUGUCCUUCAUGAACCGCAGCUCUGCUCACAGAUCCAGCUCUUCCCCUUACACCAGACAGGCUCCACCCAGGUCAUGUUCAUGGCCCUCAGCCCGUACCAUGGUUGUCUGUGUGUUAGUCCUGGUGAUAGUGGCCUCCAUGACCAUGGUGCUCUACUUCCUACCAGGGUGCACCUUUACCAAGACGGGUUGUCCUAAGGAGAACAAAACCACUCCCUUUGAGCCGGUCUACCCUGUGUCCACCAAUGGUGAACUGUUCCCUUGGGCACAAAUGCGAUUGCCUCAAAGCAUACAUCCUCUCAGCUAUGAACUCACCCUGAACCCUGACCUCAACAACAUGACCUUCACUGGCAACACUGUUAUCAACAUGUUAGUGCAUCACAACACCAACCGCAUCGUCCUGCACAGUGCUAACCUCAACAUUACCAAAGCUACAUUUAAGCUGGGUGAUGGGAAGGCCAGUGAUGUAACUGUACUUGAGUACAAACCCAGACAGCAGAUAGCUGUUAAGUUCCCUGAAGACCUGAAGGUGGGCCAGCAUUGUGUUUUGAUUCUGGACUACUUUGCCAACCUGUCACACACCUAUGAUGGUUUCUACAACAGUUCCUACACUGAUAAGGAUGGAAACAAAAGGGUCCUGGCAGCAACCCAGUUUGAACCGUUAUCAGCUAGGAAGGCCUUCCCUUGCUUUGAUGAGCCAGCUUUUAAAGCAACCUUUAUGAUUAAAAUCAGUAGACAACCAAACUACAUGACCCUCUCCAAUAUGCCUAAGGCUAAAACCACACAACUCCCCAAUGGCCUCCUGCAAGACGAGUUUGAAAAGACCAGUGUCAACAUGAGUACCUACUUGGUGGCCUUCAUCGUCGCUAACUUUACUCCUAUCAACAAAACUGUCUCAGAAACUCUGGUGUCUGUGUACUCUGUGCCAGAGAAGAAGGAGCACACUGACUAUGCUCUGGACACAGCCUCCAAACUGCUGGACUUUUACAAUAAUUUUUUUGAAAUUAAAUACCCCCUUAAAAAACUAGACUUGGUAGCCAUCCCGGACUUCCUGGCAGGAGCCAUGGAGAACUGGGGUCUGAUUACCUUCAGAGAGACCAGCCUGCUGGUGGGGAAGCACUCCUCUCCUCUGGAAAAACAAGUAGUCGCCUCUGUAAUAGCGCAUGAGCUCGCUCAUCAGUGGUUUGGGAACCUGGUAACCAUGAGCUGGUGGAACGACCUGUGGCUCAAUGAAGGCUUUGCCACUUACAUGCAGUACAUGUCACUGCAGACUAUGUUGCCUGAGCUGGAUAUUGGUAAUUUGUUCCUGGCGGUACGGUUCAGAGCGUUGGACAAAGACGCACUCAACUCCUCCCAUGCCGUUUCGACAGAGGUGAACACUCCGGAGCAGGUGGAAGAAAUGUUUGACUCUGUCUCUUAUGAGAAGGGUGCAUCCAUUCUUCUGAUGCUGAACGCCUCCCUGCCAGGGGAUCAACAGUUCAGAAAGGGAAUCAUUCAAUACCUAACACAGUUCAGUGGCUCCAACACGGACACUGAUGACCUCUGGAACAGCCUCACACAGGUUGAGGUCUCUGCUCACCACCAAAAUGUAUCAGAGAUGAUGAGCUCAUGGACAUCACAGAAAGGCUUCCCAUUGGUACAUGUAAUUCGCAAGGGAGAUCAGGUGACCUUCACACAGGAGCACUUCCUACUCACAUCUGACAAUGCCACGCAUACUUCCAGCUUGUGGAAUAUUCCAGUGACGUAUGUAAACGACAGCUGCAGUUUGGGCCCUGAGUGCAGACAAGUGUUCACUUUGAAGACCAAGUCAGGGACUCUUAAGGUGCCAGAAAGUGUAAAGUGGCUGAAGUUAAACUACAAAAACACAGGCUUCUACAUCGUCAACUAUGGAGACGAUGGUUGGACUGCACUCGUAAAAGCCUUGUCCGACAAUGUCGAUGUUCUUACUAGUGAGGACCGUGCCUCACUUAUACACAACAUCUUUGCUCUCUCCAGACUGGGACGUGUGUCCUUCCAUCAAGUCCUCAACCUUUUAAAUUACGUGUCCAAUGAAAUUGAGACCUCUCCUGUGACAGAGGCCUUGUUACAGCUCAACAGAAUCUACCGGCUGCUCGACAAAAGACAGGAGCAAGAUCUUGUGGCCCGCAUGAGGGAAUAUAUUGUACAUCAUUUUGGUUCUCUGAUGAGUAACCAAUCAUGGGAAGAGGAGGAGAGUGUGUCUAAACAGGAGCUACGCUCAGCCGUUCUGGAGACAGCCUGUAGUCUGAACUACGAAAAUUGCACUCAGCAAGCCAAAGCCCUGUUUAAGCAGUAUGUCGAAUCCAAUGGGACUGUUCGGAUCCCAGGUGACCUACAGCAAGUUGUGUUCACUGUGGCUGCUCAAUCAAAGGAAGACUGGGAGACUUUGUUAAACAUUUAUGCAAAUGCCACCUAUGAUGCAGAGAAGCGAAAAAUGCUACUGAGCCUAGCAUCCACUCAGGACACCCGCAGUAUAGUAUGGAUUUUGAAGGCUGGUCUGAAGGGGGACUUCAUCCCGACACAGGAGUUGCCUUUGGUCAUCAACACUGUGUGUAAUGGCUUUGCUGGCUACUUGUUUGCCUGGGACUUUGUACAAAAUAACUGGGACCAGCUCAUAGAGAAGUUUCCUGUGGGCUCCUUUGCCAUCCAGAGAAUCAUCAAGGCCGCCACCUCGCAGUUCUCCACACAGGCACACCUUGAUCAAGUGCAGGGUUUCUUCUCCAGUUUGAAGGAGCGCGGCUCUCAGAUGCGAAGCGUUCAGGAAGCUUUGGAAACCAUCAGGCUGAACCAGGGCUGGAUGGAGAGGAACGUCCCUACACUUCGAAAAUGGCUCUAAUACAGGCACUCCAUCCAGUCUCCGCCCCACUAACAGUUGUCCUGGUAACUGGGGCAAGUCGUCAAGACAACCGCAAUGUUUGCACUAUUGUAGGACUGUGUCUCUUAACUCCCUUUAUCCAGGCCAGAGUACUAAUCGAAGCCAAAGGUUGUGCUCUACCUGGGUGGACAGGGUGUUUUAUGUUAUGACAUUGGUCCUGUGAGAUGUAGUUGCUAGCUCAGGGUGGCUCUGAUUGUGCAUCUGGCAGAGUGAUGUCAGAUGCAAACUCACACUCCUCACACUUUAUGCUGUCGACCAAACCUCUCCUCUGCAGGUCUCAUCCGAACCUCAUGCCUGGGCAGACAAUCAUGCUUUCAGAGAGCAGCGCUUCACCCACACUCCUUUCGCUCAGCCUGCUCUCAGGCACUUAACUGUGUGAGCUGUUUAAUGGCCACUUAUAAAAGUAUGAAGAAUGUCAUAAUUAAAGUAUGUGCUGUGGACCUUUUCUCUAUCAUGGGACAUUGAUGCAGCUGUCAGAGAUUCCUCAGCGAUGAAAUGUUGAAUUUACCGGUACUUGAGGGGAAGAAUUACUAUUAGAUUUAAACUAACCUUGCUGUGUUAUGCAGAAUCUGUGUAGAAAUAAUAACAGCCUGUCAUUUUGUACUUAUUCAUGCAACCUGAAGCAUUUACUAUGUUAGUAAUGGUUUGAUGAAAGAGGAGGUUGGUUGAUUAAUAGCUUAAAAUACCAAACGUGUUGACAUCAGUUGAAUGUACUGAAAAACCCACUGUGUACAGUAGGUGGCGUAUUGCAUAGGAGUGCAGGCUUAAAUCAGCAACCAAUGUGUCUUAGAUGAGAGCAGGAAGUACACACUGGAGCUAAAUGCUCAUUUCUUUCUUUCUCGCUUUAUUUCGCUACCAGUCACAAGCCCAGUUUAGCUCUGAUCAAACAAGUUUUAUUUUGGUUGCUUUUUACCUGCAGCACAGCCACUGUACAGACUCAUUCUUAAAUCCAGUGUGCUUGCCAACUUGUAGUUAUACUGUAAAUAUACUCAACCCUGCAACAUUUUCACCCUGCUGUUUUGGAUGUACUGUUUUAAAUAUCUUGACUUUUAAUAUUUUAAGAUUUGCUCUAUGUUGUGUGUAUAUAGAGUGUAAAGAGGAAAUGUAUACAUAGAAAUGGUCAAAUUCUUGUUACUGUAUUUCUUGAUUUACAUCACUGCAGGGAGGUUAUUUGCUGAUGAAUGUUUGUGUUUUUAAGGGCGAAUGUGCAUAUUGAAGAUACAAAGUGUGUAGGAGAACAUCUAUAUUGGGCAUGACGAAUCUGUCCAGUAAGCUGUUCCUCAUCAGCCAAAAUAAAAAAACAGGUUUAAAGUUACUCUGAUGUUAAUUAGCUGUUAACCAGCUGUGAUGCUCCUCAGAGUGAAGAGUAGCCUAGUAUUUAUUGAGAGGGUGUCUUUACAUGUUUCCCCGACUUUUGUUCCAUAAUGUAUUUAAUUACAGUUGUACACUCCUCCUGAGUUUCUGUCGUUGAAGUGGUACUGCUUACUUAUUCACUCCAUCACUGUCAUGAUGUUCAGGAUAAUUGAUCUCUAAUAGAUUUGAUCGUUUUGCUUUGACAUGUGUCAAGCUUUGCAUCUGUGUUUUUGGCUGUCACAUUAUAUUUGUCUCAUUUAGUGUAAAAACUCUGCUAGCAUUUACAAGUUCAUAUAAGAAUACCAAUGAGUGUCAUGAAGGACAUAAAGGAGGUAACACUCGAGUACAGUCGCGGAUAGUGGUACCUCCGGUCUGGUGAGGUUGUCAUUCCACACUGGUGAAAAUAGGAUGUCAGCAGUAUUGUCAGUAUUGCCUUUAAUAGACCUUUAAAUACACAUCUUCACAAAUUACGUUUAUGUCUCGGCUAAUUAUGAAUCAUACUUACUUUGGGAGAUGUUGGUCAGUCUGAUGCUUUCCAGUUCUCACCAAUCAGUUCAGAUAAUCAGCUUAAUUGAGGUUCUGGGAGAUUGUUUUCCCAUCAUGUCUUGGUUUGAAAACAACUGGACCAUGUGGACUCAGUUGCAAUAAACUUUUCAGAGACAGGUGAUGUCAUUCAGGUACAAUUUUGGUGGUUUUAAUGAGAGGAUUGUAGUACCACGCGUGCAGUAAACCCAAUCACAUUGUUUUUUUCUUUUUUUUUUUUUUUUUUUUGCACUGGGAUUAAAUGCUGCAGAUGCUUUUUAAACUGUGUUGCUCUUCAUGUGAACAAAUUAUAAAUAAAAAUUGUUUUCUGAAGUUGUUAGAUUGA